AACGGAUUGAGCAAUUAGUAGUAUCCUGGGAUAUUUCCAUAUGGUCGCUCGCUAUGGUCCUCGGGCGACGCCGUUCUGGGGCCAUGCCCCUCGAGUGAGAUCCGUCACCAGGUGUGGUGUGCGACCACUUGCCACAGUCGCGACCGAUACACAUGCGUUUGAUGUUCUCGUCAUCGGCGGAGGCCAUGCUGGUACCGAAGCCUGCGCUGCAGCAGCCCGUACGGGUGCCCGAACUGCACUUAUCACGCCGUCCAUCAACAACCUCGGCGUAUGCUCCUGCAAUCCUAGUUUCGGCGGCAUUGGGAAGGGCGCGAUGGUUCGGGAGAUCGAUGCACUCGAUGGGGUAGUCGGUCGAAUCGUGGACAAGGCCGGAACACACUUCCGUGUUCUGAACCGCAAGAAAGGGCCAGCGGUGUGGGGUCCUCGGGCACAAAUUGAUCGAUCGCUGUACGCUCGGUAUAUGCAAGAAGAGAUGCGGAGCUACGAAGGGUUGACCAUCAUCGAGAAUAAGGUUGCGGACAUUGUGGUGGACAAACAAAUGGAGCACGAAGGCAGAUCAGGACGGAUCGCCGGCGUCAGACUGGAAACCGGGGAAGUGGUUCCGUCGAAAUGCGUGAUCAUUACAACCGGAACAUUCCUAGGUGGAGAAAUCCAUGUCGGUAUGAAAGUCACGCCGGCCGGCAGAAUGGGUGAAGCCGCAACUACAGGACUGAGCAAAUCUUUAAAAGAGGCCGGCUUCGAGCUCGGGAGACUCAAAACAGGGACGCCUCCUCGGUUGGACAAAUCAACAAUCGAUUUCAGUGACCUUCUGGAGCAACCAGGCGAUUCCCCUCCGGUCCCAUUCAGCUACCUCAACCGACGGGUUGAGGUCGAAAACCAGCUGAUUACUUACCAAACCGCUACGAAUGAGAAGGCCCACGAGAUUGUUCGCCAGAAUCUGGGACGAACUUUGAAAUAUAUCAAAGAAGAUAUUCAAGGCCCGCGAUACUGUCCUUCGCUAGAAGCAAAGGUGACCAAGUUUGCGAACAAAUCUUCGCAUAUCAUCUGGCUAGAACCCGAGGGGUUCGACAACAAGGUGAUAUACCCCAACGGCAUAUCGACGUCGAUCCCGGAGGACGCACAACUUACGAUGCUGAGAACUAUCAAAGGGCUGGAGAAGGUGCAAAUGCUCCAGCCGGGAUACGGUGUGGAAUAUGAUUACAUCGAUCCACGUAACCUCCGGAUGACUUUGGAGACGAAACCGAUCAAAGGCCUAUUCCUUGCAGGCCAGAUCAAUGGAACGACGGGGUAUGAGGAGGCUGCUGCGCAGGGCAUCAUCGCGGGCGCCAACGCAGGACUGCUUUCGCAAAAUCGAGACUCCCUUUCGUUGUCCAGGGCAGAUGGAUACAUUGGAGUCAUGAUCGAUGACCUGGUCACGAAGGGGGUGACGGAGCCGUACCGAAUGUUUACUUCCCGCUCGGAAUACCGCAUGUCGGCCCGAACCGACAACGCCGACACGCGACUGACGCCUUUGGGAUAUGCUGCUGGCAUUAUAUCCGAAUCACGCUGGCAUGCAUAUCAAACGGAAUCGUCCCAAAUCGCUGAGUUAUCCGCCAUUUUGCGUGCUGACGUCCGCUCAGCCCAGUCCUGGCAGUCCAUUGGCGUCAACGUGCGGAGCGACACAACGAACCGCUCGGCCUACGACGUCCUCCGUGUCACCGGGGUGACGCUGGAGUCGCUCAUUGAUCAUAUUCCUCAGAUUCCAUCCUUCCCAGAACCAAUCCAACGUCGUGUCGAUAUCGAGGCUAAAUAUGCCCCGCAUGUUGCACAACAGCAAGCUCGGAUCAAAGUAUUCCUGAGAGACGAGAACGUGAAGCUCCCUCCGGAUCUGGAUUACAACGCCAUCCACGGCUUGAGUCACGAGGAGAGGAUAUCUCUGGCAGCAGUGCAGCCCGAAAGUAUUGGCCAGGCGCGGAGAAUUGAGGGCAUGACGCCUAACGGGGCUUUGAGAUUGCUGGGCUAUGUGAAGAGAGGGAAGAACAGAGCACUUGAAGAUGCCAUCGAACGUGCUCCGGCAAGCGUUGGAGCGGCUCUUCCUUGAGUGGAGCAACAGUCUCCAAGAAAUGUUGCUCCUGAAUCAGUAGCAUUGUCGCUGUGCACGAUAUGUAAAUAAGGACAUGUAGGAUUAAGGAAUUACGAAGUGCGGAU